AUGUGGACGGAAAGGAAAGAUGGCCCUGACGGAAGUGACGAAGUAAGCUGUGUUUGCCGCAGGGACCAGUUUGAGUGUGCUUCUGGGGAUCAGUGUAUAGCUAAGCCCAAUGUUUGUAACGUAUACCAGAGUGUGCUGAUGAAGUGGACGAAGCUCGGGGAUCUGUGUUUGGUCUGUCCUGAGGGUCAGGUAGCGUGCAGUGAUAACACAGCCUGUAUAAACGAGAAACAGUUCUGUGAUGGUAUUCAACACUGUUACGAUGGAUCAGACGAGAGUAAGGAAACGUGUGGUGCAAUAAACUGUAACGAGGGAAAUGUCCCGUGCAGGGAUGGGACAAAAUGUGUUGCACCAGAAGAGAGAUGUGACGGAAAGGAAGAUUGCCCAGACGGAAGUGACGAAGAAAGCUGUGUUUGCCGCAGGGACCAGUUUGAGUGUGCUUCUGGGGAUCAGUGUAUAGCUAAGUCCAAUGUUUGUAACAGUAUACCAGAGUGUGCUGAUGGAAGUGACGAAGCUCAGGAUCUGUGUAGAAAAGAUUUGGUCUGUCCUGAGGGUCAGGUAGCGUGCAGUGAUAACACAGCCUGUAUAAACGAGAGACAGUUCUGUGAUGGUAUUCAGCACUGUUACGAUGGAUCAGACGAGAGUAAGGAAACGUGUGGUGAAAAGUAUGGCGAAUGGUUUGCGAAAAUCGAGAAAUAA